AUGAUAGUCUCGAAGUACUUCGACGACAUCGGAGACUUCAUUAACUUGGAGUUGGUGUGCAAGAAGUUACGAGAUAAUAUGGGAAAGUUUCAUUAUAACCUAAUUUCGUUGAAUUUUAAAACACUUAGAUACUUCCCAAAAAUCGAGACACUUCACUUGUGUGAUGUAAAAGAUGAAAACUUUGGCAAUGGAUUUAUGAUCAACACAGAGAAAAAUGAAGAAAAAAAUUGUUUUAAAGGAAAAGUUCUUUUGUAUUAUUUCGAAACAUUAAGUUUAAAAAUAGAGAAAUUUGGUAAUAAUAUACCACGAAAUGUAACUUCAAUUGGUAAUCGUUGUUACUGUGGAUGCAUAACUUUAAGUAGUAUUAACAUUCCAUCCAAUGUAACAUCGAUAGGUAAAAAAUGUUUCUAUAAUUGUUUUAAUCUAAGCAGUGUUACAAUACCAUCAAGUGUUGUAUCAUUUUGUAAUAGUUGUUUCUAUGAUUGUUUUAGUCUGACUAGUAUUACAAUACCAUCAAGUAUAAUAUCACUUAAUAAUAAGUGUUUCUGGGGAUGUUGUGGUCUGCUCAGUGUUACAAUACCAUCAAAUGUAAAAUCAAUUGGUUUUCAAUGUUUCCAUAAAUGUGAAAGUUUGAGCAGUGUUACAAUUCCGUCAAGUGUUGUAUCAAUUGGUGAUGAUUGUUUCGGUGGGUGUAGUAAUCUAAGCAGUGUUUCAACCAUCGAGUGUUACAUCAAUUGGAAAAUAUUUGCUGUUGUUGUAAAAAAAUGGUUGGGCGAAUAUUUUCAAAAGCCGUUUCAAAGAAAUUGUUUUAGUUGUAUAAACGUCAAUUCGUUAUUCUAA